AUGCGUUCCUCAAGAAGCAUGGCCAAGGGUGGACUUGUUAAGGACGAGCUCGAGACUAAGAAGCCAACGCCACCACAGCAGCAGAAUCAUGCUGUCGCAGUUGCGUCGGUGGCUGUGACGCAUUCUUUAGCUUCAGCUGGGACCAAGAUGGAGGGUUUGGCAACAAAGAAGAAGAAAGAGGGAUUCAAGAGUAUUAGCAUGAUGGAGAGGUUUAAUUGCAGGGUAAGGGAUUCGUAUGAGAUAUUGUUAGAUGAGAAUGGGUGGAAGGGUUUCAUGCAGAGCAAUGAAAAGAUCAGCAACUUCGAUGGUUCUGUGAAGCUUGUGUUGGAGGAGCCUGAACAUGGGGUUACUGUUGUCAAGCUCACACAAAAUGAUGUUCCUGAAGAAGAUAGAUGA